UGUACAUAGACUUUCCCCCCUCCUCUCAGGUCCAACCCUUCCAGUACAGUUAUGCAGAGCACUGCUAUUCUGCAUAGAGCUCACACACACAAACACAUACACACACCCGCACACGUCCCAUGCUAGCUAUUUCUGGCCAGCAUCCCGGCAAGCAGCAUUAUCAGAGUUUCUGGAUCUCACACUGCUUGUUUCUCCUCUUUGUUCUCUUUCUAGUUUAAACACAUUUGAAUCUUUAAGGCAGCUGCAAAAAUGGCGGAUACCACCUUGCAUAUAGUCGAGCAGCCCACCAUCAUCCCUGAUACUCCUCCAGGGGAAACUUCAGAUAGUGAGCCCAUCAAAGCAGACCAAAUCAAUGGGGUUUUGGUGCUGAGCCUGCUGGAUAAGAUUAUAGGAGCAGUGGACCAGAUUCAGUUGACUCAAACCCAACUGGAGAAAAGACAAGAGGAGAUGGAGGAAGUAGUGGGCAGCAUUCAAGGAGAACUGACCAAGCUGACCAAGUCUCAUGCCACUACCAGCAAUACAGCCAGUAAGCUUUUAGAAAAAGUGAGAAAGGUGAGCGUCAACGUCAAGACGGUGAGACAAAACCUGGAGCGGCAGCAAGCACAGAUCAAAAAGUUGGAAACCAAUGAAUCCGAGUUGCUGAGACGUAGAAACUUCAAAGUGAUGAUCUACCAGGAUGAGGUGAAGUUGCCAUCCAAACUUAGCAUCAGCAAAUCUCUAAAGGACACUGAAAAGCAGGAGGUUGAAGAGGAAGGUCAGGAAAAGGAGAACAAAGAAGGUGAGACAGACGAAAUCCAACUGUCUUCUGAUGAGGAGGUAGAAGUAGAGGAAACCAUUGAAGAGUCCAGAGCCGAGCGAAUAAAGAGAAGUGGAAUGAGAAGAGUUGAUGACAUAAAGAAAGCUUUCUCAAAGGAAAAGAUGGAAAAGACCAAGGUUAAAACCAAAGAGAAUUUGGAAAAGACCAGACAAAAUAUAGAGAAGACCAGACACAAUAUUGAGAAAAAGAUGACCAAGCUUGGAACCAAGAUAGUGACAAAUGAAAGGCGAGAGAAGAUAAAGACCUCCAGGGACAAGUUCAAAAAGUCCUUCACUCCUGAUCACCCUGUCUAUGCCCGCUCCAAAACAGCCGUCUACAAAGUCCCCCCCUUCACUUUCUAUGUUAAGAAGAUCCGAGAGGGAGAAGUUGAGGUGCAGGCCACAGAAAUGGUGGACGUCGCAGGAGAGGAAGAGGAGGAAGAAGAGGGGAAAGAUCUGCUGAGAGGAGAGAGCCCUGAUCCCAAUGCACUUCUUCAGAUCACAGAGGACAGUGAUGCUGUCUUUGCUGAGAGAAGCGACAGCGAUUAAGAAGGGUGCAAAGAUUUGUGCCCCUUCCAUUUGGACAGAUAAGCCUAUAACCUUCAUCACAUUUCAGAUCCAUUUUAUUUUGUUUCUUUUUUCAUAUUCACACAUCUUUAACAUUUUUCAGCUCUUUACACAAAUAUAUGUAAUCACCUUUAUAUUAGGCAGGCCGCACUUUCAGUAAAAGGUUAAUGGAACUGAUUGUGUCAUUGCUAUACAAGUCUAUAUAUACAAAUAUAUGUAUAAAUGCAGCACAGCCGUCUCUCCUAUUAACUCAUUCUACUAGCACAGUGGUCUACUUUACUUCAAGAAGAUGAAAACAGUGCAUUAAUUGCCUAUUUUAUGUUUAUUAAAACAAUGCAGCAGUAUCUGGAAGCAUUGAUUUCGGUCUUAAAGGGACAAAAAAUCCUUGUCAGCUUUAAGAGUUUCUGAUAUAAAAUCUGUUUUAAGUCUGACAGAGAACAUAACUAGAGGUGGGGGUCUGGCUAAAAAGGUGGCACUUCGCUUAUCUGGUCUUGAUUGUACUCCUUUCUUUUCACAAAGUGCCUUGGAUUAAUAGAUAUAUAGCACCUUAGGCCCCAGCCCUUUCACAAACUGGUUUCAUGUUAACUGGCACUGGAAGAGGGAUGAGUAGGAAGAGGAGACAAAAUGGAUGACUGCUGGGACCCAUUUUUUAAUAUACUUUUUUAACUUCAUAUUUUGUAUUACUCAAUAUGCCAACUAGACUCAGUGAACAGGUCAAUAUCAUAUAACUUCUAUUAUUUGAAGUCAGUUUUUAGAUGAUCCUUUAGUGUCCUUUUAAACAGACGUUAAGGCAUAUUAAUAGCAGUGACAUUUAAGAAUAACUGCUGUGGGCCAUCGCGAGUUCAUGAAUGGCCAAGUCUGUGUCCUUA